AUACACUCGGCCAGAGGUGGUGGAUUAUCAAUCAGAUAUCAGCCUUCCCAAGAAGCAAACCAAUCAAAUUAAGUAAAGAUGUUCAAAUACGCCGUUGUUGUCCUCGCCAUCGUUGCCUGUGCUGCUGCCAAGCCAGGACUUCUGGGAGCUCCGCUGGCUUACACUGCGCCCUUGGCGUACUCCGCACCCCUGGCUUACACCGCUCCUGCCGCCGUGGUUGCUGCUCCUGCCCCAGUUGUCACCGCUACCAGCAGCCAGGUGAUCGCCAGGAACUACAAUGGAAUCGCAGCUGCUCCAGUUGUCGCCCAGGUGGCAGCUCCAUUGAUCGCCAAGUACGCCGCAGCUCCCCUGGCAGCUCCUUUGGCCACUCCACUGAUUGCCAAGUAUGCGGCGGCUCCUCUGGCUGCUCCCCUGGCUUAUACCUCCCCCCUGGCCUACAGUAGUCUCCCAGCUGCCGCUCCAGUUUUGCUCUAAACUCGUUGACUGAAUAAUAAACGUGAUAUAGAAUCUUAAAA